CCGACGGCUAGAUCUUUUCAUUGCUUAUCUUCGACGAUGUGGCUGCGCGUAUCGAUCGUUCUAGUUAUAGCCCUGGUGGCUGCCGUUCUGGCCCAAAACGAUGGGCGGUAUCGUCCUCCGCCCACAAGGGCGAGUGGCGGAGAUGGGAGCUACCGCGGCGGUAACGAUGGACGCUAUCGUGGUGGGGGUGAUGGACGAUACUCUGGUGGCAACGACGGACGCUACGUGCAUAUGGACAACAAGUACAAGCAUGACGAUCGUCCUGGUGGCGAUUACUCCGGCGACGCAGGGCGCUACGUGGGGGACAAGAACAGGGGUGGUGGAGGCGGAGGAGGCGGUGGUGGUGGUGGAUCCGGGGCAGGUGGUGGUGGUGGUGGUGCGGCCGUAGCUGUACCGAAAACCACUGCCAGGCCACAACCAAGACCCACUACAGCGCCGCCGCCAGCGAUUAUCGAUCCCACUGCCAAUCUUCCUAAGGGACGUGGCACCGGCGAAGGAGGCAAUGGAUGGGCCAUCAUCCGCCAGGAAGACGAUGUGGAGGUGGAUGGCUAUCACUAUCUGUGGGAAACGGAGAACGGCAUCUUGGGCGAGGAAAGUGGUCGCAUCGAGAAGCUGACCGAGGAGGAGGGACUGCGCUCCAAGGGAUUCUAUGAGUACACCGGACCCGAUGGCAUCCUCUACCGUGUGGACUACGUGGCGGAUGACAAUGGCUUUGUGCCCAGUGCCGCCCACCUGCCCACGGCACCGCCGCCACCGCCCUAUGUGGAAAAGUUGCUGGCCUUCUUGGAAGCAAACGCCAAGACGAAGAAAUAAUUGUGGAUGUUGCAAGUGCAAAAAGUUGAAAUUGAAUAAAUGUUGUGCCAUAGGAA